UUAUCAACUAAAUAGUUAUCAACUAAAUAGCCUAAGAAAAUAUAGUAUGUCUACAAUUCAGGCGGGCAGGAAAGUUCUUCCAACUAAUGUUAAGCCAAUACAUUAUUUUGUUUCUUUAAAUCCCAAUUUAGAUGAUUUUAUUUAUGAUGGGAGGGUAGAGGUCACAUUGCAUACUUUAAAGAAGACUGAGAGUAUUAUUCUUCAUUCUGUUGAUAUUGAUAUUUUUAAUGUACUUCUUGAAUAUAAUGAUAAGAGGGAUGUAUUAACAUGAUAUAAAAUAAAUGAAUAUAAUAUUUUUUUUAGAAUUCCUUCUCAGUCUAUUACUUAUGAAAAAGAUGAGCAGACUGCUACUUUUUACUUCACCGAGUCUAUUCCCCCUGAAAAAAAAGUCAAGCUUUUUAUAAAUUUUCGAGGUGAAAUUAAUAAUAAGAUGUGCGGAUUUUAUCGUUCGUCUUAUCAAGACAAUAAAACUAGGGAAAUUAAAUGGCUUGCUUGUACUCAAAUGGAAGCUACUGAUUGUCGCCGUGCGUUUCCUUGCUGGGAUGAACCUGCUCUUAAGGCGACUUUUGACAUUGAAAUUACUGCUGAUGUUCGUUAUACUAUUUUAUCAAAUAUGGAUAUCCUUAGGGAAUCUAUUAUAGAUGAUAAAAGGACAGUUUUGUUUAGUCGUACUCCAUUAAUGUCUACUUAUCUUCUUGCAUGGGUAAUCGGUGAAUUAGACUAUAUUGAAAUGUUUACUUCUGGAAUUAAUAUGCCUAAAAUUCCUGUGAGAGUUUACUCUCCAUUAUCGAAUUUGUCACAAGAUGGCAGAUUUUCUCUGGAACUUGCUGUUAAAACUCUCGAUUUUUUUUCAAAAACUUUUGGUAUUCCAUAUUCUUUACCUAAAUUGGACAUGGUAGCUAUUCCUGAUUUUUCUGCUGGUGCUAUGGAGAAUUGGGGAAUUGUAACAUAUCGUGUGGUGGAUUUGCUUUUUAAUGAAAAAACGGGUAGUGCUGCAACGAAACAAAGGGUAGCCGAAGUUGUACAACAUGAACUUGCGCAUCAGUGGUUUGGGGAUUUAGUUACCAUGGAUUUUUGGGAUGGUUUAUGGCUUAAUGAAGGUUUUGCAACAUGGAUGUCGUGGUUUUCUUGUAAUACGUUCUAUCCUGAAUGGAAAGUUUGGCAAACUUAUAUUACUGGUAGCUUACAGAAUGCAUUAAGAUUUGAUGGAUUUCGCUCAAGUCAUCCUAUUCAAGUUCUUGUGAAAAGUGCUGAAGAAAUUAAUCAAAUUUUUGAUGCUAUUUCGUAUUCGAAAGGGUCAUCUGUGAUACGUAUGUUAUCUAAAUAUCUUGGUGAAGAUGUUUUCCUUGCUGGUAUUAGACAGUAUCUUAAAGAUCAUUCUUAUGGGAAUGCCACAACUGAUGAUUUAUGGAAAGCAUUAAGUGAUGAAAGUGGUAAAGAUAUUCUUAAAUUUAUGAAAUGUUGGACAGAAAAUGUUGGGUAUCCUGUUUUAACUGUUUCUGAAAAUGAUGAUACGUUAAUAGUACGACAGAACAGGUUUCUUGCAUCAGGUGAUGUAAGGCCUGAAGAUGACACCACUAUUUAUUGGGUUCCUUUAAUGUUUAAAACCAUGUCACUAGAUGGAAAAAUAACUACUGAUUCAUAUUUAAUUCUAGAUAAAAGAGAAUUUCAAAUACCUAUAAGCAAUAUAAAGAAAGGUUUUUAUAAAAUUAAUACUGGGCAUUCAGGGAUUUAUAGAACUUUGUAUUGCUCAAAACAACUACAAAGAUUGGGUUCUAUUUCUACAAGUAAUCCAGAGUUCUUAACUGUUGAAGAUCGAGUCGGUCUUGUUGCUGACACUGGUUCUUUGGCCGAGAGUGGUUAUUGUAGAACUAGUGAUUUGUUAGCAUUGAUACUGGGAUGGCAUAAUGAAGAUAGUUUUGUUGUGUGGAAUGAGACUAUAGUUAGAUUAGAAAAUUUAGAAGCAGCUUUUAUCUUUGAAAGCGAACAAAUUAAACAUGCCUUAGGAUUGUUUAAAAAAGCAUUGGUCUCUAAUAAAGCUAGAAAACUUGGAUGGAAUUUUGAUGCGAAUAGCACUCAUAUUGAAAGGCAGUUUAAAACAUUAAUGUUUGGAACAGCUGGUAAAGCUGGUGAUGAUGAAAUAAUUUCUACUGCUAAAGAUAUGCUGUACCGUUACAUGGAUGGUGAUACAACAGCAAUACAUUCUGAUCUUAGGGCUCAUGUUUUUGGAAUUUCUAUACAAUAUGGCUCGGAAAAAGAGUGGAAUAUUGUUUAUUCUAUAUAUAAAAAUGGUACUUCUAGUGAUGAAAGAAAUACUGCUUUGAAACAACUUGGUUUAACACGUGUGCCUCAUUUAAUUUCUCGGACUCUUAAUUUGAUUAUUUCUUCUGAAGUUAAACUUCAAGAUAUAUAUAUGCCUCUUAUUGGUUUAAAAACUCAUUCCGAAGGUAUAAAGGCUUUGUGGAAAUUUUGUAAUGAAAAUUGGGAUACAAUUGAUAAUUUAGUUCCAAGCACUGUUGGAAGUUUAAAAUCAACUGUUGUACAAUUAAUGGUUUCAGGAUUUACAUCUAUAUCUAGUGUACAUGAAAUUGAAUCUUUUUUUAAAGAUAAGAAAAUUCAGGCGUUUGAUAAAGCGCUUUCGCAGUCUUUAGAUGCCAUUAGAGCUAAAGCAUCAUGGGUUUCUAGAGAUUAUGAUAAUGUAAAAGCUUGGCUUGAAAACAACGGUUAUUUGAAUACUACAUAAAAGUUUAAUAUUAAAUAUAUAAUCUCAGUGUAUAUUUAAUAAAU